UCGCCACUCGCGUGUCUGGCGGGCAGAGGAGCCCUUGGUCCCGCGCGUGUCUGGCGGGAAGUGGAGCCCUGGAUUCCACGCGUCUAUGGAGUAUUCGGAUCUCAGAGUGUGACCACACGGCGGCGGACAGAGGAGCUCGGGGAGACAGAGCACGGCGGCCCUGAUCGAAGCCGCAUCCCCUACCGCAGCUGUGGUGAAGGUGGAGUUGCUAGGAUGCGCAGCGGCGGAUCAAUCCGUCGUGGUGCUUUGCAUUGUUGGAAAAUAAUUUGGUAGAUUUUGUUCGUUCGAAAUGAAUCACACAUACCAAAUUUAUCUCCGGCAAUUCAGGGAUUUGUUUAGGCCGAGAUGAUUUGCUCCCAUAAAUCUCUGAUACUUGGCCAUCGCACGCCAUGGGUAAACAGAAUUGUUUGAGCCCUGGAGGAUCACGACUCGGAGACUCGAUCAGGAGAAGAAUUGGAUCACCCUUCGGACUCCCUUUGUCCGUCGGACUCCCUUUGUUUCUACUCUUGUACAGUAGUAGAAUAAAAAACUCUCCAAGGACCACAGCCGUUUCCUGGCGGUAUCUCUGCAACCGAGAGCUUGAUUUCGAUCCCUGGAUUUGCUCGCGUCCAAUUCCUCUUAUUACUAGACAAAUCCUCUCGACCUCCCUGAUGAAACACCAUUGUACGGACCACCCGAUCACCAAAACGCUGACACCGUCUUACUCGACCCUCCAUAGCCCAAGCCAUUACAGGUUACUUGUCCUCCCUCGUCCCUCUCUCUCUCUCUCUCUCUAACUUAUGGUUCAUUGAUCAAACGAGAUACCUCUGCAUGUCUAUCAUCAAAGUUCUGACCCUCGUGAUCCGUUUGUUAAUACCAAAAUAAGAAACUCUACCUUGUUAAUUUUCAGGUUAACAAUGAUCAACCAUACAGUGUGCAAAAUAACUUCCUCAAAUCAUAUCAGUGGGAAACCAAUCUUUAAGAAAGCGAGGCCAAACGUUAAACUGGAAGACCUUCCACAGAUGAAACCUCUAAUCUUUUGACGCAGGAUCUGCUGUGCACCAUAUUAUCAAAGUUGCCUGCGAAAGAGGUUUCAAGAGCUACUGUUUUAUCAAGCAAUUGGAGAUAUAUCUGUGCUAUUUGCUGCUACAAAUUAUGUUUCGCUGGUGCUACCGGGUGUUGCCGUGAUACUUUUGAAAGAAAAGAAUACCUCCAGUACAUGCAGAAGUUCAUCGAUGAUGUCAAUACAGUCGUGCAAAAGUGCCAUGGCAAGUUGCUUGAAGAAUUCCAUGUCAGAUUCGAGUUUGAUGCAAUGCUGGUUGAUCCUCUAAAUAAAUGGGUUAAUUUUGCGGUAUCAUCACGGACAAAGAGCAUAGCUGUCAAUUUACGACCUAUUAACAAGAGACGUACAGAUGUUGAUCGCUACACAUUUCCUUUUCACCUUUUGGAUAAUGGAAGCAACAUGUCUCAUCUGCAGUGUAUACAGCUUAGCUUUGUAUCUUUGAGACCACCAUCUGAAUUCAGAGGUUUCCCAAUCCUGAGAAAGCUUGAUUUGGAGUUUGUGGAUAUCGCUAUAAAGGAUCUUCAAGUUAUAUUGUCCAAUUGCUAUAAUCUUGGAUGGCUGAGCUUAGUGAGAUGCUUCCUGAAUGGCGAACUAAAGUUGGAUCGUCCGUUGUCCCACCUUCGACACCUAACAGUUGUAUACUGUAGGGUGACCAGGAUAGAAUUUCAUGUUACGAAGCUCGUUACCUUUGUAUACAAUGGACCCAUUGUUCCUAUUUUCAUUAAUCAAGAUUCUAAGCUUGAAAAUGCACAUAUAUGUUUUGACAAGACAAAUUUUCAAGAUGGUGCCAGUUCACUCCUCAAUGGUAUUCCGAGCGUUCAAAAUCUGACACUAAAAAUUUUCGACCAGCGCUUAGAGAAGGAAUCACUGUUGAAUAGCCCAGGCAAGUUAUCCCGUCUUAGGUGCUUACAGUUGGUAAUGGGAUUAGGAGUUCAAAAUAUCGACAAACUUUCUCGUGUAGUUUCCAUUCUGAGGGCAGCUCCGCUUAUCGAGAAGUUGGAGAUCAAUUUUUUUCCCACUACUCACAUCUGUUUUGCGGACAAGGAUGCUUUGGGCAAGCAGCACCUUCAGCUGUGCGAAUAUAAUUAUCUGAAGAAUAUGCAUAUGACAGCAUAUAAAGGGACAAGAGGUCAACUUGAAUUUCUUCUGCAUGUUGUGGAAAAUGCCCCUGCGCUGGAGGAAUUAAUUGUGGACACUGCUAUGCGGGAUUAUGAAGAUCAAUACGCAGGCCUAUAUUGCAGAAAGAAAGCAUGCGCAGAGCGCGCUGUGCAGCAUGCUAGAUCUUGUCUCGGUGGAAAACUUUCAGCAAAGGUGAAACUUUGUGUUAUGUAGGUAGGGCUGCUUUAGUCAGCAAGUUUGUGCGAUUGUCCAAGGGCUGUUGUGCCUGUUUCUGUUGAAAAAUUGCGCCAUCUCUAUGUGAGGCUGUGAGAAGUAUUUGUGAAUGAAACAAGUAAUAUGGGUAUGGUAGCUAGCUUGGCUAGAUAAAGAAAGAAGUUAGUUUCCACCUGCGCAGAUUUGAAGCAGCCUAGGUGACACGUUCUAUUUCAGCCUGUUUGGCAAUUUCAGAGUA